UCGGGAUUCGAUCUUGAAGGCGAAAAAAAAAUAAAUCUCACAUUGAAAUCAUAUAAACCAACCACCAGUUUCGCGUCCUUAUUUCUUUUUUUUUCUUUUUCACCUGAGAACAGAACCAUGUCCAAUUGACAAUUGUCGUUGACCGCGACGUCAAUCCCUCGCUAUCAAUCCGUGUGCGAUGCGAACACUCACCCAUCAUUAAACAUAAUUAAUUACCAGGCGCAGGCGCUGAAAAAGAAAGAGAAAGGGUUUAAAAAGAUUGUGUGUCGAAACCAUGCAGCUACAACAACAAUGCUCCUCAUCCUCGCGAUUGGCAUCGCUGCCAAACGAGCUUCUUACAGAGAUUAUGUUUUACCUUGAUACGGACCCUCCAUCUACUUCUGGCCUCCACGAUGCUCCUAGCCUUCAACUCACCGAGAGCGCGACCAAACCACUGAAGAACCUCUCAUGCACCUCCUCCCAAUUCUACCAUCUUGCGCGCCCGUUCCUCUUUUCGCAUUUACGCUUCGAUAUCCGCGAUGAGAGGGACUUCCUAGCCUUUAUCCAGAAAUCAGGACUCAAACGACGUGUGCGCUCGCUCGUGGUGACGGGGAAGGAAACAGUCACUGGUCGUCGUGACACGACAUGGUGGCAGCGAGUGCUGAGGGAGAUUAAUCCGCAGCGCAUCACGAUCGUUGCAUCACCGCUCUUUAUCGGAGAUAUGACCCUCACCAAGGUCGUAGGAACACACAGCUGGGCUUUCGAGAUCCCAUUGCAGAUCUUGCAAUUGGAACAAGAACCCCCAGUGCGCGGUCAUCGCGAUUCCAUCUCGUCGUGUCCGGCUCUACAAGACAAGGACGACGACGACGAUUCCGCCACCACGAACAUCCUAUCCGCUCGACCAUGGAGCAAACUCGCAUUCAACGAAUCCUCCUCCCUCCGCGCCUACAACCACUACGAAUACUUCCUCCUUCGUAUCCCCUCCAUAUUCGAUAAAUGGGGCACUCUCGUCUCCGACGAGCGCAUCAUCGCCGACUCCCUACCCGACCCGCUCCCAUCCCUCAAUCGUCUCACAUCUUUCCACUACACCGCCGUUUUCCCCUUCUACAACCACGUCAAGCUGGUCCUCGACGUGCUGGAGACAAUGACGGAACUACGCUCCUUCAGCGUGCAACUCGCACCGGGGAAGAGCGAUAGUGUGAUCGAGGACGAGCGGCGCGGGUCGAUGGAUCCGCGCGAUCCCUGGAUGGAGAUCGCGACGGGAUACUCGCUCAUCGCGCAUGCGGUGAGAGAUGCAGGGAAUAGGCGGAAUUUAGUCGAGUUUCAGGCCUGCGAUUAUGCCGUUGAGCCGAUGCAGGCGGAUUUGCGCGCGGUGGUGGGCACUGUGCUUGGUGGUGGAGGUUGGGUUCAUGAUGGUUGUGGUGGGUGGAGAAAGAAGUGAGCUGUGGUUAUUCAUCUUGCCGACGCUUUUUCUUUUCCAUUUCACGAGUACCGGGGUUUCGUUAAAAAAAACUGCCUCUACAUAUAGAGAUGCGGGUUCGGUGAUUUUACAUGGCGUAGGUAAGUAUAUAGACAGGCGUUUGGGAUAUUUAGAAGGUUAUAGAUAGAUAGCAAUUCUUAAUAGAGACGCAAAUUGACGAAUGUUCUUUAUAUUUCUAUUCGUUG